AUUUAAAGGGCAGUUUCCCUCCCUUUGUUGAAUGAGAAGAACAGCGCCGGAUCACCAUGAGCACCAGCACAGUUCCUUUUCAACAAAAUCCAUACAACUCCGGGGGUCGUCCCACCAUAAUCCAGUGCUAUCGCUGUGGAGAUACCUGUAAAGGGGAGGUGGUGCGUGUCCAGAGCAAUCACUUCCACAUCAGAUGCUUCACCUGCCAGGUAUGCGGCUGUGACCUAGCUCAGUCUGGCUUCUUCUUCAAAAAUGGGGAAUACAUCUGCACCCGUGACUAUCAGCAGCUAUAUGGUACCCGCUGUGACAGUUGCCAGGAUUUCAUCACUGGAGAGGUGAUCUCAGCCUUGGGCCGGACUUACCAUCCCAAGUGCUUUGUGUGCAGUAUGUGCAGGAAGCCAUUCCCCAUUGGAGACAAAGUUACAUUCAGUGGCAAGGACUGUGUUUGCCAAACCUGUUCCCAUUCGCUGAUCAGCAACAAACCCAUCAAGAUUCAUGGACCAAGCCAAUGUGCAGGUUGCAAGGAGGAGAUUAAGCAAGGUCAGUCACUGCUGGCCUUAGAGAAACAGUGGCAUGUCAGCUGCUUCAAGUGCCAAACCUGUGGAAUCAUCCUGACUGGAGAAUACAUUAGCAAGGACGGCAUUCCAUACUGUGAAUCUGACUAUCACGCCCAAUUUGGCAUUAAAUGUGAGACCUGCAACCGGUACAUCAGCGGCAGGGUCCUGGAGGCAGGAGGGAAGCAUUAUCACCCCACUUGUGCCAGAUGUGUGCGUUGCCACCAGAUGUUCACAGAAGGAGAAGAGAUGUACCUCACAGGUUCAGAAGUGUGGCAUCCCAUUUGCAAACAAGCAGCAAGAGCAGAAAAAAAGCUAAAGCACAGAAGAACAUCGGAAACCUCCAUCUCCCCACCUGGCUCCAGCAUCGGCUCCCCCAACCGAGUCAUCUGCGCUAAAGUGGAUAAUGAGAUCCUUAAUUACAAAGACCUAGCUGCUCUUCCCAAGAUUAAAGCCAUCUACGAGGUGCAGCGUCCUGACCUCAUUUCCUAUGAGCCCUAUCACAGAUAUACGUCGGACGAGACGCUGGAGAGAUAUAGCUAUGGGGAGUCUCUUGGAACAUUGUCUCCGUAUUCUCAGGACAUCUAUGAAAGCAUGGACAUCAGGCAGAGGCGAGCCUCCAGCCCAGGCUACAUUGACUCUCCCACCUACAGCCGCCAGGGCAUGUCUCCCACUAUCCCACGCUCUCCGCAUCAUUAUUACCGCUCAGGGACAGAGAGCGGGCGCAGCUCCCCCUACUAUAGCCAGUUAGAUGUGAGGUCUUCUACACCAACCUCAUACCAAGCUCCUAAGCAUUUCCACAUUCCAGCUGCUGCAGAGAGUAACAUCUACCGGAAACCGCCCAUCUAUAAAAGACACGAUACCCAAUCUGCAGCUACAAAAAGCAAAACCAGUGAGGAUAUAGCCCAGACCUCCAAAUAUAGUCCAGCCUAUUCUCCAGACCCCUAUUACCACUCAGAGACAGAAUAUUGGACUUUUCAAGGCUCACCUAAAGCGCCACGAGUUCGGAGAUUCUCCUCAGGAGGAGAAGAAGAUGGAUUUGAUCGAGGGAUGCAUAAGAUCCAGACUGGCAUUGGCAGAUUGAUACUGAAGGAAGAAAUGAAGGCACGAUCCAAUUCCUAUGCUGAUCCCUGGACACCGCCCCGCAGCUCAGCCGGCAGCCGAGAAGCUCUUCACACAGCUGGCUACGAAAGCUCCUUAAAUGGCUCACCUCGGACACAUUACCUAGCUGACAGUGAUCCCCUCAUUUCCAAAUCUGCCUCUCUUCCUGCUUACAGAAGGAACGGACUGCACAGGCCUCCCAGUGCUGAGCUCUUCCACUACGACAGCACGAAUGCCGUCAACUGGGGGAUGCGAGAAUACAAGAUAUACCCUUAUGAGCUGCUUCUGGUGACAACAAGGGGGAGAAACCGCUUGCCCAAAGAUGCAGACAGAACUCGGCUAGAGCGUCACCUGUCUGCAGAGGAAUUUUACCAGGUAUUUGGCAUGACCAUUGCUGAGUUUGAUCGCCUGGCCUUGUGGAAGAGGAAUGAGCUGAAGAAGCAGGCGCGACUCUUUUAAAAGCAGUGCAUUAUAAAUAAAUAUAUAUACAUACCUAUAAAUAUAUACAUAUAUAUAUAAUUAUAUAUAUAAUUAUA